AUGGGAUCCAACGAACUAGGCAAGAAUCUGUCUGAUUUUUUGUUUGAAUAUAAAACUCCACGGAUGAUAGCUCUGAGAGACAAGAGGAUCGGACUUAUUUUUCGACUGAUCCAGCUGAUUGUACUUGUGUAUGUUGUGGGCUGGGUCUUCAUCCACGAGAAGGGCUACCAAUACACAGACUCCACCACCAGUUCCGUCUCCAUCAAAGUGAAAGGCUUUGGCUUCACCAACCUCUCCACGAUCGGCCCCAGGGUGCUGGACACGGUGGACUACACCUUCCCAUCGCAGGGAUUGGACUCCUUUGUUAUCAUGACCAAUUACAUCAUCACUCCGAAACAGUCCAUGAAACUCUGUACACAGGAUCAGAAAGGAUCAAAUCUCCAGAAAAAUGAGAUGGGAACAUUGACUCCAGCGGAGUUAGCUGAACUGCACACCCGCUCUCAUCAGGGACAGUCAGGUAUAAUGAAUGGGAAAUGUCUAAACAACUCCGAAGGCGUGAAGGCAUGUGAAGUCUUUGGCUGGUGUCCAGCUGAAAACGACAACCGUCUUCCGAAUCCACCCUUGCUGAUGGCUGCAGAAAACUUCACCAUCUUUAUCAAGAACUCAAUCACCUUCACGGCCUUUGGUGUUUCCAGGCGAAAUAUAGUGGAAUCAAUCACCAAAGCAUAUCUGCAGAACUGCACCUACCACAAGGUCCACCAUCCCCUUUGUCCCGUAUUUCGUUUGGGAUCCAUCGCUGAAGAGAUCAAUGAGAACUUCUCUGCACUGGCCUACAGAGGAGCUAUCAUUGGUAUUGUGAUACACUGGGAUUGUGACCUCGACUGGCCUGUGACUCAGUGCAAACCGACCUACAGCUUCCACCAGCUUUACCGCAGCCUAACCAAGGACCAGGUGUCAGUGGGCUUCAACUUCAGGUAUGCAAAGUACUAUGUGGAAAAUGGUACUGAAACGAGAGAUCUCUACAAGGUCUUUGGGAUUCGGUUUGAUGUAAUGGUGCAUGGAAAGGCUGGUAAAUUUAACAUCAUACCCACCAUGACAACUGUCGGCUCCGGGAUUGGUGUGUUUGGUGUGGCAACGAUUGUCUGUGACUUGGUCCUCCUCCACCUCAUUUCAAAACGCGACUACUACAAGCAAAAGAAGUUCAAGAACGUGGAAGCUUCCCUCCCAUCAAGGAGUGGGAACUAGAUAGUCUCCCAACCAGAGCUCCCCAAAGUAUCCAAAUCAUUUAGAAACUCAAAUCGUUUUGACUGAGGAAUGUCAAUACUUAAUCUUGGCCACUUAAAUAGGACUAAUUGGAUAACAAUAUUUCAUAGAACAUAGACCAAUACAGAACACAAACAGGCCAUUCAGCCCACAAAGUUGUGCUGAACCAGCUAAAAAGCAAACCAAAAACACCCAAACACAUAUCCUCCUGCCUACACCAUGUUCAUAUCCCUCCAUCUUCCUUCUCAGCUGGAUGCUUUUGGAUUCCUUUCUAACAGAAGCAAAGGACAACAAGGAGAGCUUGAAGAUGUCCUUCCUGUCCAUCCUGGAGAAAUAACACCAAUCAUGAGAACUGUAACCUCUGCAUACAGUAUCAGAUAACACCACUGCAAUUCCACAACAGCUACAAACCUGGUCACAUCCUCUGACCUGGUUACUGGGAGUAUGAGGGAAGCAAAAGCUGAUUUUUGAGUGGAGAAUCCCAGCUUCUUGGCUGCAUUGUUAUGUCAGUCUGAUCUUCAAAGAACGCCCAUCUCUGUUAGGUGACUUUACAGUUAAGUAUUGUUGGCAUCACUGACAGGGAAGAACUUCCCAUGUGGAAGUCUCAAAUAUUGCAAUGCAAAGCUGAGCAUUGUCUACCACGAAACUGAGCAGCAUUUUAAACACUUCGCAUAAACUUUCUUCUCUCUAAUGUUCUUCUUUAUAACCACUUUAAAAGUUUCCAAGUUCUUAUCGUGAUGUGACAUUUGUCUGGAGUGAUAUGACAAACUGAUAGAGCACGACAGCAGAAAAACAGGCUCUUUGGCCCAAAUAGGUUGUGCUACACUGUUAUUCUGCCGAAUCCCAUUGGCUUGCACCUAAACCUUGGCCCUCCGCACCCCUCCCAUCCAUGUAUUUAUCCAAAUUUCUCUCAAUUGAACCUGCAACUGCCAUUCCACUGGCAGCUCCCUCUGAGUGAAGCUAUUCCCACUAAACAUUUCAAAUUUCAACUUCAACUUAUGAACUCUAGCUGUAGUCUCGCCCAAUCUCAGUGGGAAAGGUCUGCUUGCAUUUAUCCUAUCUAUACCUAUCAUAAUUUUGUAUACCUUUAUCAAAUCUCCUCUCAUUCUCCUAUGCUCCAGGGAAAAUGUCCUAACAUAUUCAACCUUUCCCAAAACUCAGAUCCUCAAGUCCUGACAACAUCCUUGUAAAUGCACCAACCAAUUAACCAGACCCUUUCCUCAAAGUCAGUCCACUUGACAUCACCAUCCACUGGUGGUCUAAUGAUCCUAUGGCCAGUUCUCCACUGUUGGCUUCAGUACUGUUCUCCCUUCUCUAACGUUCUCUCUCAACUAAAGAAAUCUGACUAUAGAGAUGGCUGUUAUUGAAGACCUUGGUUCUCAGUUUGACAUCCUGUGGCCUGUCUCUGUCACAGGUAGACAGGGUGGUGAGAAAAGCAUUGGGCGUGUUGGCCUGCAGAGGAUAUUGAGCAAAGGAGUUGGAACAUUACGUUGUAGUUGUACAAGAGGGUUGGUAAGGCUACACCUGGGGUACUGUGUAUAGCUUUGAUCAUCUUGUUAAAUGAAAGCUGUCACUAAGCUGGAAAGAGUGCAAAGAUUUACAAGAGUGAUGCCAAGACUCAGAACACGAGUUUAAAGGAGGUGAGGUCGGCCAGGCUAGGAACUGAUUGCAUGGAGCAUAGGAGGCUGGGGAGUGACUUUAGAGAGAUGUACAAAAACCUGAGAGGCAUAGAUAUGGUGAAUGUGCCCAGUCUUUUCCCAGGGAAAAUGAUUUAAAAACAGAAGGAUAUGGGACAGGUUUAAGGCAAGAGAAGCAAAUUUAAAAUGGACCCGGUGGGGGAGGGGGCCUUUUCACACAGAGGGUGGUAGGUAUAGCUGCCAGAGGAAUUGAUAGAGGUGGGCAUAACUAUAACUUUUUUUUUUAAAUGGACAGGUACGUGGCUGGGAAAGGUUUAGAGAGGUGAGGGCCAAACAUAGACAAAGAGGACUAGCUUGGAUGGCCAUCUCGGUCAGCUGGACGAGUUAGGCUAAAGGAUCCAUGUGUGACCAUGACUCCCGACAGCUGAAACGUGGGAGGAGGGUGAGUCCUGCACUAUCACUUCUGCCCACUUUACCUGUGUACUGUGAGCUCUGUUGUGUAACUGCAGCCUUCACUCCGCAAACUGUUGCUGUAUUUGUACAGCAUUCCUUGAUGCCAUUCCCUACAGCUUUCAGCAAGAAUGCACUGAAUUCAAAAUAAAUCGAUGUUAAA